UGUACAGUUUGAUUGGAAGUUUACAGAGCUGUCGUAUGGAAUGCGCAGGAUCAGAACAACUUUAAAUGCUGCUUUCAAAACAUGGGAGCUCAAAAAUCAAAAUCUUCAAAAAACGGAAAGAUGUUUGCAAAGAAUCAAAACACACAAUGUGAGCCUUUACGUGGAGAAGAAUUAAAUGAGCUGAAGAAACAAGUGGUGGUACGAAAUGGCUCUGUUGUUCUUGCAUUAGCAAUGAAAGGCAUGAGAGAAAUUCCAGAUCAUUUAGGGCAGAUGAACGAAUUACAGUGUCUCAAUCUGUCACACAAUUAUCUUGCUGUCCUUUCACCAGCGCUUUGGAAACUUGAAAACAUGGUUGUUUUAAACUUGUGGGGAAACCAUCUAACAUACCUGCCUAAAGAAAUAGGAAUGUUGAAAAGUCUGAAGGUUCUCUUUGUUAAUACCAACCACCUGACUGAAUUGCCAGAUGAAUUAAGUUCCUGCACAAAACUGGAGGUUCUAAGUCUCUCAGAUAACUGCAUUUCAAGUCUUCCCAUGACCUUUUCUAACCUGAACAAACUAAGAAAGUUAAAUCUCAGUAAUAACCACAUAAUACACAUUCCUUCCUGUGUGUAUCAAAUGCAUGCCUUAACUUUUCUGCACGUGGGCUAUAAUAAGAUAGAAAGCAUAGCAGAAAGUGUGCAACAGUUAACAAAUCUGAAAAUUUUUAUUGUGGAAGGAAACAAAAUUCAUAACUUGCCAAAUACUAUCUGCUUUUUGAAGUCUUUAGAGCUGCUUAAUAUCGAUUAUAACAGUAUCCAUACACUUCCCAGGGAUUUGUAUAUGCUGUCAAACUUAUCAAGAAUUGCAUGGAAUCCAAUGGACAAAGGUUUGCAUAUUUUCCAUAAUCCACUGUGUAAACCACUACCAGAAAUGGCAGACAAAGGUCUGGAAAUGCUCAUGAACUAUCUUAAACUUUACAAGGGUCAGGAUUAGACUGCAAAUGGUAACAUAUUAGUCUUCAUUUUGCCGUCAGA